AUGUCAGGACCGUCAGGUAAACUCGGCGGUCUUUCCACCAGUGUCGUCGCCAUCAUCGCUGUCGGUGGUGUAGCAGGCCUGCUAGCCCUCAUUGUCGUUACGUCUCUCAUCUUGGACAUACCAAAGCGUAUGAAGCAAAAGAAGAACACUGGCCUCAUGGCACCAGAAGAGAUGGAGAAGAAGAGUGUAGAGAUUGACGACGCGGAAAAGGGUGCUAUCAAGCAAGCGACAAGAGAGAUAUCACGUCGCCAGAGUGUCAAUGCGCCCACCCAUCGAUAG